AUGGAUUCGGAAGACGGGGAGUUGUUCAUCAAGCAACUGGCCAGCUUCGUGCGCACUCACGAAAAGGCUCUUGCCAACGCCUUGCAAUUCCGAAGACAGGCAGCCUCUCGCCAUGGCUCCUCUCAGAGCGUCAGCUCGAUUCCCACGCCGCAAUCCCCGGUCGUCCCUGAACGGCCGUCGACUUCGGCUUCGACUUCAAGCGGCCUUGCAUCCGCCCUGUCUCUCGGCACCUUGAACUUUACUACGCACAAUGUCAAGUCGGCAAAGCUAGCCCUGACGCCACACCAUCUGUUUUACCUACUUUCUCGAUUUGAAGAACUCGCCAUUCCUGUCGGCCCCAUGAAGAUUCGUCUCGAGAACCUCCACGAUAGCUCUACAUCCGCCAACUACGUCUCUUUCCUGAGCAACACCCAGCGAUCCCGAAGCAGAGGCUCCGAUGUUGGGUCCAUCCAUUCUGUAUCUAGCGUCCGAAGCGUCAUGUCGGGCAUGUCGGCUCUUUGGACGAGUUUCGGUAUCGGUGCCAGCAUCUCCGCUGCGCGAACUGAGCGACAAAAGGCUGCACUCCAGGCCGACUUGAAGUACCUCUACUCGGCGUUUACCAAGAUACCCUGUCUGCGACUGGCACCUGACUGGCGCGCCCGGCUGAUCCGCGGCUACGAAGAAUUCCCCUUCGAUUCGGCCGUCCCGUUGUACGUCUUCAAGAACGUGCAAGCCCUCGAAGUCAACAGCAUCGACUUCAGACAGUUCUUUGGCUGGGAUCGUUUGGCCGAGCAGCUGAGAUCGCUGACGCUCAAGCGCGCCGGCGUUGAGGACCCUGCCGACAUUCUCAUCGACAUCGUGCUUGACGAUAUGGACAAGAGACGCAGAAGAACCUCAAAGCAGCAAUCUUCGCCCACUACGCCUUGGCCCGCGAGCUCUAGCCCUCGCAGGAGUCCUGUCAUUCCUCAUGCCGAACUGCACAAGUCGACCUCGGUGCCCGGUUCUCCGGAUCCGCGCAACUCCAUCGGUGAUUUGGGUAUCGGUUCCCUGAGCACACACGACCAUGCCGUCGACGAGAUACCCGGCGAAGGCGGGCGGCCCUCUCUGGCUAGAGCCGAAACGUUCGAAGCCAUGUCGCCGCCCAAGGGAUCAAGACCGCGCAGCAACUCGCCCACUCGGCCCGCCAGCUCCCGCAACCCUUCCCACAUGAGAGGCGGACACAAGGUCCGCCGCUCUGGUUCUGGUAGCUCGCAUUCUAGCCUUUCGGACUCGUGGCAUCACAGCCGUACCGGAAGCUCUUCAAACCUACUGAAUAUGGGCGUUCUGCCAGCGUCCAAGUGGCGAUUCCUGAAGCACCUUAGUUUAGCCGACAACUCGAUGACCUCGAUUCCUGCCACCAGCUUGGUGCCCCUUGCGAACACGCUUCACUCUCUGGACUUGUCGUCGAACUUGUUUACUCAGAUUCCUGACAGUCUGGCCACCCUUACCGCGCUUCGCGCACUCAAUCUCUCACACUGCAUGAUUGACGGGCUCCACUCCCUGACGCGCAACCCCCUCCCGGCCAUCUCGGCCCUCAACCUCCGAGCCAACCGAUUGCAAUCAAUCGCCGGCAUCGAGAAGCUGUACCCCCUGGAGCGAUUGGACCUUAGAGACAACCGCUUGUCGGACCCCCUGGAGCUUGCCAGGCUGACCGGCAUCCCCGAUAUCCGGGAGAUCUGGGUCGAGGGCAACCCCUUCACUCGCACUCACAAGGACUAUCGCAUUACCAUCUUCAACCUCUUCCGAAAGACCCCGGGCUACACUGAGGACAUUGUCAUCGACAACAGCGGUCCCACCUACUCGGAGAGGAGAUACUUGGUGGAGCGUACCCCGGUGCCCGCCGCGGUACCGGUCGUUAAGCCCGCUCCGGCAGACAUCCCCGCCGUUGACGUCAGCAAGCCAGCCAUCAUUUACGACAUCCCGAAGGAGCCUUCCGUUCUACGCAAGGAGCGACCUGUGCCGAAGGCUGUCACUAGCGAGGUCAACACCAGUUCCACCCGCCGCCGAAAAACACCAAAGAGGCGAAUUGUGGAUCUCUCGACCACAGAUUCAUCCGUUACUGUGACACCCAGUGUCAUGCCCCCUGGAGACGUCAAGGUUCUCGCCGCUGAUGCCACGGCCACCGCAGCGGGUUCGGACAGCAAUUACCGCAUCUCCCAGGCUCCCGAGGUCCCUUCCUUGCCGUCGGCUAUGCUCUCCGAUAGCCGGAAAUCCAACUCUCAGCCCGAAGUGCCCCGCAUAGACACCAGCGUGGUUCCUGAGCUCCCACCCAUCUACACAACCCGCGAGGCCCUGGCAGACCCUCAGGACUGGGACGUCAGCGGGGAGAUGUACCGCCGGAAGAUCGAGGCAUUGCGGGACAAGGUUGGAAAUGGCUACCUCAGUGUGCUCAGUGAGGAGAGCUGGGAUCCCUCCCGCCCGCCAACAUACUCUGUACCAGAUUUCAGCCCAGCCUCGACUGUCCGGCCCAGUCCUACCACCCCUCGGACUACUUCACACCACCACCCUCCGGCCAUCCACAGUGGCCGCACCCUUGGUUAA